AUGAGUGAACGUUACCGAAAUCACAAAGGGUCAUCUCGAUCGACGCGUGAUGAUUCUAGGCGAUCUGAGAGCUAUGGCCGAGAAAGGACGCGGUCUAGAUCACCUACCAGACUGAGGUCUACUACGGAGGAUAAAUUUGAUGGCAUGCGAGUUCGAGACAAGGAUGCACACAGAGAUGAUAGGAGAAGGGAGUCCCCAGACACUUGGGAAUCAGAUGAGCUACCAACACCACCUCCCCCACCACGCAUCAGUAAAAUAAGCAUUGGUUUUUCAAAACCACAAGCUCCUAUCAAAAUGACUCUUGGUGGAACUUCAAAACCAAAAACAGGGGUAAAACCAAAACCAACUGUUGCAUCUGUAUUUAAUAACGACGAUGAUGACGAAGAACCUGAAGAAAUGCCUGCAGAGGCUCGUAUGAGAAUGAGAAAUAUUGGCAGAGAGACUCCUACAUCAGCAGGUCCAAAUUCCUUUGGUAAAACAAAACAAGGUUUCUGUGAUUCUAAGAAAGUUUUUGAGAAGAACCUAAAGCAAGCUCUAGAGACAGCAGAGAAACCGGAUAUUAAAAAGUUACCUAAAACUAUCUAUAAGCUACAAGGGCCAUAA